AUGCCAGAAGCAGCUGGCAGCUCGGCAGCCGCGCCGAAACCAGCGGAUCGUGCUGUUCCUGUGACGCUCAACGAAGCGGUCCUCGAUUCGCCAACUUUCCGCGCAACCGCCACUCACUUCGCCGACCAGGUUGACGCCGUUGAGAAGUGGCUCAAUGGCUAUGUCGCCUCGACGUCGAAGCUCAUGAGCGGGCUUCUCUCUCUCGAAGAUACCAUCAACAACUACCUCUCCAAGACGACACCUUUCCCCGACAACGUCAUCGACAACGACUACACCCUUCUAGCUCUCAAGCGCACCAGCGAAGGCACGCGAGAGCUGUGGACACAAUUACUCAACACUCAGAAACGGAUGGAAACAGCCGUCAUCGAGCCCAUUCGCUCGUUUCUUACGGGGGAACUGCGAAACUUUAAGGAGAUAAGGAGAAGCUUAGAGCAGACUCAGAAAGCCUACGACACGACUCUCGCCCGCUAUACAUCUCAGUCGAAAACAAAGGAGCCCUCCGCUCUCCGCGAGGAUGCCUUCUCCGUAUACGAGAAUCGAAAGUCAUACAUCCAAGCUGCCAUGGAUUACUGCCAGCUCGCGCCACAGCUCCGCUUCUCCCUGGAUCAACUGCUUGUUAAGGUCUGCUGUGAUAUAUGGAAGGAGAUGAACCGAGGCCGCGAUGCAGCCGCGAGCGCCACCCGAUGGAGCCGAGAGCUGGAUCGUGUCCGGGGUUGGGCCAAGGAAAUGGAACUGUCAGAUAACGUCUUCAGACGGGAGAUGCAGAACGCGAGGAAAGACAUUAGCGAUGCGACCUUUGAGGGGUUCAAGCCUUCUCGCGAACUGGAAGAUUAUAGCACCUCAACCGUAGCCUUCUUGGGCUCACGCGGACCUGUUAGCGUACGUCCAAACGACGAGACCGCCGCAAUCACCGAGAUACAAGGCUGGUUAUUCUUGCGAGUGUCUAGCGGCAAGCCAGUCAGGUACAACUGGGUUCGGCGGUGGUACUACUGCCGAGACGGCGUGUUUGGAUGGCUCACCCCUGGACCGCAAGGAGUUCUACAAGGAGAUGAAAUUGGUGUGCUACUUUGUAACGUCAAGCCGGCCGCCGGUGAGGAACGACGGUUUUGUUUCGAACUAAAGACCAAAAGCCGCAGCAUGUUGAUGCAGGCUGAGACGCAGAAAGAGCUGAUGGACUGGCUGGAGGUUUUUGAAGUAACAAAAAAGAAGGCAUUCGAGGCCACCAUGGACAGAGACAACAGUGCCCUGACCGGUGGCAUCGACCCAGCAUUCUCGAUUUGCCCUCCAAGCAUCCCCGAGUUUUCAGCCAAGGGCGUCGAUGCGCAAAUGGGCUCAUCGGAUGACACUGUCUCAAGCACCGAUCGCACAGCCAACCUGGCGAUUCCAGGAGCAGAGGGUGGCGCAUCCGCACGACAGAGUAUCGAUCCUAACGGAACCUUGUCUCGCCGAUCAAUAUCAGCGCUUGGACGAGAUCUAGCGCGAGAGGAGGGCGAGAGUGGUCGAGAACACGCAGCGAGGAUCAUCCAGAAGCUUGACCUUCACCGCAAAGCGACGUUCGGUGCCAGCCCUGAGCCCACGUUGACGACGUCUGGCUCAUCUGGAGGCCUGUCCAACAUGAUUUCUGGGAAUCAAAGCUCUCAGCUCGUAGGAAACUCUUCGUCUCUUACAUCCUCAGGCCAGGCAAAGUUUACGGGAGUUGCGCUUCCGCUGUUGGACAACAGGCCAGGCACACUUGCCCCUCCUACUCUGGCCCGCCCUCCAACUAUUACGAGCUUGAGCCGCACCGCUGUGCUCAUCGCUGGAGAACGAGGCCACGUCUUGGAAGGCAAGAGACUUCCUACAUCGGUCGUAGCCAACUACUGGGGUAGCAAUGUUUGGGGCAACAUGAAUUCAGAGCCUGCUGUGGCUACUCGGCUUGACGACGACGAUCCGAUCGGCGUCGUGGUGUCUGAAGGCUCCUCGACACCGCUCGGUGAAGCGGUGCAGGCGAAGAAGGCCAGCGAGUCUCUGCCGGCCGGCUACCCUCCCGAGCUGAGAAUCCAGCAUGCGCAGUUCAGGCUUUUAUUCCCCAACGCACCACCAGAAGAGAGACUGGUGCUUGUUUUCCGAGCAGCUUGGUCGAGCUCGCUGGAACGGGGUUCUGAAAGCGAACUGCUUGCCGGUGAUGGCAGAAUCUACGUGACAGCAGAGAAUAUGUACUUCUAUGGCCAGCAGCUGGGUCUGGUCACAGCCUAUAGUAUCCACCUGGACAUCAUCACCGAGGUGACUGCUGCCUCUGGCAGAGACUGCGACUUCAUCUUUUUGCAUCUAGGCCAGGAGCUCAAUGACACUGGAUACACAAGGAUCACCGUCAAGGUGUUCCUUGACGACCUGAAGUUGCUCCAUGCUCGCCUUAAUCUCCUAGUGGACAAUUUGCAGGCGGAAGAGCCGCUGGAUACUCUGGGAAUCAUUAGCGCCUUGGUCAACAUUGAUAAGCACGAAUACGAGAAACCGAGCCCAAGCGCCGAGAGCUGGGAAGAGAUAUCGUCUGCUACACCGAUGGACAACGGCACAUCUUUGGGAGGACCGGUAGAGCGGAGUGCUAGCCCCUUGCCGCGCCUGAUAGCUCCCGUUUCUGGACAGAAGCUGCCGCCAAAACUGAACCUACCAAAACAUGAAGUCAUUUACGAGCCGGAUGACAUGAAGGAGAUGGCGUCCGAAAGGCACUUUGAAAUUAGUGCAAAGGCCUGCUUCCAUGUCCUGUUUGGAGACAAGAGCUUUGUGUUCCCCAAGCUCUACUUUGAGCACCGCGCGAAGCAGAUUGCUCAGGGCCCAUGGUCGGCGGCAGGUGACAAGGAGCCGAUGAAGCGUGAGUUUCACUUUAAGAUAGACUACGUUGACGUCUUUGGCCGGUCGCGGACGGCAGACAUACGGGAUUUCCAGACCAUCGACGUGUUCAACGAUCACGUCACGUAUGUGGUUACGCACACGAGGACUGCGUGGCACCUCCCUCAUUCACAGUUUUUCAAGCUGGUGACCAAGGUUGUCAUCACAUAUGUGGCCAAGUCCAAGUGCAAGCUGGCGUUUUACGUCCGCGUCGACUGGUCGAAAUCGCCGCCUCUGUCGAAGAGCUUAGUGGAACGCCAGGCUCUCCGUGAUGCAGUAAGCGAUGCCGAGGAGCUGGCAGAGCUUGCCACGGAUCAGGUCCACAAGCUGGGCUCGAGAAGCCGCACCAACAGAGCCAUACAGGUAUACGGCCAGGUAGGGCACCAGACGCAGAUGGUGGUCUUCUCUCCAGCACCAACCGACGCGAGGAAGAGGCAGGCCAUCAAGCCUCGCACGCUCACGGCUAUGCUGUUCGAGACGGUGCGGUCUCUUGGCGAAAGUGUCGUCUCAUCGGUGAUUUUGUGGAUCAUUGCGGUGUUGAAGAAGGUAUUCGACGUUGUGACGGCACAUCGGCUUAUCCUGUUGCUCCUGGGACUGAGCAUAGCUACCAACCUGAUGCUCUCGUCGACAGAGUCAUUGACUUGGUGGCAGGAGCGGCGAGCGGCGAGCUUCAUGCGCAGAGUGGGCGUGUCGCCGAACCACAUGAUGAGCAAGGCAAUCUACCUUGCGGAUCUGCAUGAAGCUUCCGGCGCCGACAAUGAUGAGCCGCCGUUCCCUCAGAACAGCACGUGUUUCAGCACAUUCAGGGAGCUUUUGGACACGACAAGUAUGGAUUCUCCGUGGGAGGAAGCGGGGGCCUCGCUAUCUCUGCCAUCAAGUCGGGCGACUGCGCGACGGCUGCGGAGAACACGACAGAGGCUGGGGAUCUAUCGACACGAUUUGCUUGUGGCGAUGAGGGUCGUCAACAGCGUUGAGCGGGAAAUGCUGCAGUCGGAGUGGGAAAACUGGCUGGAGAAUGAAAGGUCUCUGUGCGAUAACCUCGAAGAGAUGCUACAUGACGACAAGGGCAGGAGCGGUAGUAAGGACAAGACAAGUGAUGCGUCGUCUCAAAAGGCUGCGGGUUCGAUCCCGCCGGAACGGAGGAGAGCACUCGAGGCGUGGCGUGAUGAUUACUGUGGAAGUUGUCGGAGCGAUCAUGCCUCUGCGCUGCAGGCGAAAAGGCUGUCCAACCUAUAA